UUAUCUACGUCUAUGUCAGUCCUGCUGAGCGUCGUGCAUAACGGGCCAAGCCGGACUUGGUAUCAUUCGAACGCCAAAGCGUUUUUUUCCCCCCAUAAUAUAUUUGCACAGAGAGGCUGCACAAAAAAGCGGAGCUUGGCUAGCUUGUCAAAUCAAAAAGGGCGUUUCUUCAUCAACUUUUAAAUCAAAUCAUAUGGUUUACACCUUUAGCUUAGGCGGACAGCGUCGGCUGUGCAUCAAUGGAGAUACUUUCAAAAACACCCCCAGCAGAACCCUAUCGGUAUAAGGCAUCGCGUUCUUCUCUAGAGCCCAGCAGGAUGGUGUCUGACAGGCUGUCCAUGUCGUCUUACAAAACCUAUCCUGCUCGUCGAUCUUCCAUCAACAUUCCUGCACGUCACACGUCCCAAACAUUCACUCAGGAUUCAUAUCGUCCGGCAUCACCCAUCAAAACUUUUCCAGAGAGCAGCAGUGCAGCGAUCUUAUCUGCCUUGAGGAAUCUCCAAGAGAAGAUUAGGUGGCUGGAGGCAGAGAAAGAGCGAGCAGAGUUGAGCCUUUGCACUUUGUUGAAGGACGGAUGUCUGCAAAGUGACAGACCUGCGCAGAGACGCCUUUCUGAUGAGGACAUGGAAAGAAAACCAAGCGAGCAGUCAAACUGUAACCAAGUGCUGAUCACCCACCUUGCUGCUGCAGAGAAUCGUUGUGAGAAGCUGGAGGGACAGUUGGCGCAGAUGAAGAGGAUGUUGCCAAGGACAGAAAGCAUCAGCUUGCCCAAUCAGGAGGCUUCAAUAGAGAAACCUGGUAUAAGUAGUCACCAGCCUGAUGGACUGAGCGACCAUGCUCAGUUGGAAAAGCUGGAAAAACUCGAGCAGGAAUAUCUCAAGCUGACUCGCACACAGCAAUAUGCGGAGAUGAAGAUCUCUGCCUUGGAAAGAAAGAUACAAGAAGAGGAGCACCAGAGAAUGCUCAUUCUGGAUAAAGCCAAUCAGUUACAGACAGGUCUGGAAGCCAACAGAAUGUUGCUGCGGUCCGUUUCUCCACGUUUAUCCUUCAGACAACCCAAAGAGAAGAAACCCAGCCCGAAGCAACCUUCUCCAAAAUCCCCAGAAACUCACUACAGACUGAGCCUAAGAGACAUACCAUUUGUCACUGGAACGUCGGUCGCCUGCAGCCACUCAGUCAGAGCCAACGUUCAGGCAGUCUUGUCCCUCCUGAAACGGCACCAGCCUCAUCUCUGCAACAGGCGCGUCCUGUCUCGCAACGCAGAUCUCUCGGAAACGAGCAGCCAGUCAGACGCUUCCUCCACCUCGUCGUCCACUUGCGGAGACGAACUAUCGGAUCUCCUGCAAGCCCUACAGGAGGAGCUGUGCCUCAUGAGUUUGGAGCACACUGAGUUGUUGAGGCAAACGGAGAAGAGCAUCUCUGAAGAGGAAAGGGAAGCGCUUCAGAGUGAGCAGGCGAGGCUACUGCUGAGAAUGGAGAGUAAAGAAGAACAGAUCAGUAAGCUCUGCAAGCAUAAAUCACAGUUAAAGAAGUUGAGAAAGCAGGUGAAGUCUGGGAAGAGCUUCACGGAAGAAAGACUUGCCACCAGAAGGCGCUAUGUACCAUCCACUAAAGCUCAACUAGUUGAGAGAAACAAAAAGAACCUGACGCUUCUGAAGGAAAUGAAAGCUCUGCAAAACUCUUUACAGAUCUGAAACUCGCUACAAUAUAUUUAUAACAUAAUCUGUUUAUUGUUUUUGGUGCUAUUCUUCUACCUCUGACUAUCAGCUCUUAACCUGAAUUUGCCUGGUGCUGAAAACCCACUACACACAACCAGAAGAUUCACUGCUUUCAUCUUCUUUAUAAGAUUAUUGGUACCUCAGCACUCAGAUUUUCUGAGUUCUUAUUUAGGAAUAGAACAAGGACAUCGACUAAAGUCAAAAGUCCAACAAGGAAAGGCCAAGAUAUUCAAGUAGCCUGCAGUUUAGUGUCGGAGGUGGCUGCCAUUCAUAUAGGAUAUCAUGAAAGUUGCCUGUUACCAAAUAAUUUAUGAUUUUUAAAUCACAUUCCUCAGUUUGUGCCGUGAUCAGGUUCUUCUUUUUAAAAUGUAGAGUUUUAUUGAAUCAGAAAUCAAAUAUUUCCAUUAAGAACCUUCAGCUUUCCACACUCUGACCAGCAGAGGUCAGAGUGGUGUGAUUUUUGAAGUACAAGGGUGAAGCAAACCAGUGCUUUGAUUUGAUUUUUUUUCAUCAAUUUUAUUUUUUAUUUUCUUUAAACAGGGUAUAAGAUUGUAUAACAUAUAUAUUUAUAUAUACAUAGGUUCAGAUAUCAAAAUACCAUUGUUUUUGUCUUCAAUUAAAUUCAUAAUUGCCCAAAACCUAUAAAGAAGAGCUGGACAUAUCGUUCUCACAUAUUAAAUAAAAACUAUCACCAUCACUAUCUAACUUUUUUUAAAACUUGGCGUCCAGCUGUGGAAGACUUGUGAUACUCUCUUUUAAGCCUGUAGUCCUUAACAAAAGCAUUCCACUUGGAUUUUCUUCACAUUUUACCAUCUUGUCAUAAUUUUAUGAUCAGUUAUUAUGCAAUAGACCAGAAACAAUAAUUAGUACAACACAGUACAGAGAAGAACCUGAAGGAAAUGAAAACCGUGUUUCCAUUUGCGCUGCUGUAAGUUUAAAUCUUUUAACUUGAAUUAAUUUAUGUUUCAGAUUAAAAGGGGCUGGAUACAGAAAAACGCCACACAUUUGAAUAUUUUUUUUGUAAGAUAUCCUGAAAUCAUGUCUAAGUUUUCUUUCAUUACGCAAUUAUCUAUGUCAGCGUAUUUAAAUUCACCAAAAUUUGUUUCAAAGCGCAAAAUGUGCUAAAUUUUCAUUGAUGUUCUGAACUUUGGAGCAAAUGUUCUGGACUGAGUACAUUUUCUCCAUUUACUCAGUCCAGAAGAAGCUGUAAACUGGUCUUUAACAGGUGCAACACUGUACACCAUACAAGACUCUGGAUUGCUUAUUCUGCUUUCGAGUUUGACAGUACAGCUUUACUUGUAACUCAUUCACACACUGGACAUCCUGAAAAGUAACCAUUUCCACUUGGGAAAAUGUUUACUUUCGUACCAGUGUUAAUUUUGAUUGUGUUUCGUUUUAACAAUUAACUCGGUGGGUGCAUUCCAUAAAAAUUAAAACAUGUUAAUGGAUGUUUUAUCUCAUUGCUGUGAAAGAGUUCACAAGAGGACACCAAAAGAUCUUGUGCAUGCAAAAGUUUACUACAUAAUAACAUAAACCACAUUGCUGCUUAUCAGGCGGUAAAAACUGAUGUUGCAUGUGUUAUUUUUUGAUUUUAAUGAGGAGAAUGUGAUUGUGAGACAUCGGGUAAUGUUGCUAAAUAAACCUGAAUACGGACA